CUUUCUUUCUGAAUUCACUUGACUAUAAGAAAAUUAAUCGUCAAUUGGUUGAUAGUUACAAAUUAAAAUAAAAUCGCUAGUGAACUGAAAGCACAAUGUGGCGACUUAAGAUAGCAGAGAGAGGUAACGACCCUUAUAUUUAUAGCUCAAAUAACUAUCUUGGGAGACAGAUAUGGGAAUUUGAUCCUGAAGCUGGCACACCUGAAGAGCAAGCUGAGGUUGAAGAUGCUCGCCAAAACUUCUGGAAAAAUCGGUUUCAGGUCAAGCCUAGUUCUGAUCUCCUCUGGCAAUUCCAGGCUCUAAGAGAGAAAAAGUUCAAACAAACAAUUCCAAAAGUACAGGUUGAGAAUGGUGAGGAAAUAACAUAUGAAACAACAACAGCAGCAUUGAGGAGAAUUGUUAAUUUAUUCACAGCCUUGCAGGCUAGCGAUGGCCAUUGGCCUGCAACAAAUUCUGGGACACUGUUCUUCUUACCUCCUUUGAUCUUUGUACUAUACAUUACAGGUUAUCUAAAUGCAGUAAUCACUGAGGAGCAUCGCAGACAAAUUCUGCAUUACAUGUACUGUCAUCAGGUACAAAUAAGAUAUGUAAUUGACGAAAUGCUUCAUCAGUUUUUUACGCAGAGGUCCUCAGCAUCAUGUUUUCUACAGAAUGAAGAUGGCGGAUGGGGACUGCACAUAGAGGGUCAUAGCAUCAUGUUCUGUACAGUUCUUAACUACCUUUGUAUGCGGAUGCUCGGAGAAGGACCUGAUGGUGGGGAAGAGAACUCAUGUGAAAGAGCAAGAAUGUGGAUUCUUGACCAUGGCACUGCAAUUGCCAUACCCUCUUGGGGAAAGAUAUGGCUUUCGAUACUUGGUCUUUAUGACUGGUCCGGAACUAAUCCAGUUCCCCCUGAAUUUUGGGCAAUCCCAAGUUCCUUCCCUGUGCAUCCAGCAAAAAUGUUGAGCUAUUGUAGGAUGACUUACCUGCCAAUGUCAUAUUUGUAUGGAAAAAGAUUUGUGUGCUCAGUAACACCUCUGAUUUUGCAACUGAGACAAGAAAUUUUCAACCAACCUUAUGGAGGAAUCAAUUGGAAGAAUGUGCGCCAUUUAUGUGCAAAGGAAGAUCUCUACUAUCCACGUACUUUCGUGCAAACAUUAUUGUGGGAUGUUCUAUACAAUUUUACAGAACCUCUGCUUACUCAUUGGCCGUUUAGCAAAUUGAGAGAGAGAGCUCUUCAGAAAACAAUAGCCCACAUACAUUACGAAGAUGAAAGCAGUAGCUAUAUUACCAUUGGCUGCACUGAUAAGCCACUGUCCAUGCUUGCUUGUUGGAUUGAAGAUCCCAAUGGGGAAUACUUUAAGAAGCAUCUUGCUAGGUUCGCGGAUUUCUUAUGGGUUGCAGAAGAUGGAAUGACUGCACAGACUUUUGGCAGUCAAAUAUGGGAUGCUAGUUUUGCCCUCCAAGCUUUGAUUGCUUGCGAUCUGUCAGACGAAAUAGGAUCUACACUUAAGGAAGGACAUAAAUUCAUAAAGAAUUCUCAGGUUUCCAAGAACCCUCCUGGCGACUUCAAACGCAUGUUUCGUCAUAUCUCGAAAGGAGCAUGGACUUUCUCUGAUAGAGAUCAUGGAUGGCAAGUUUCUGAUUGCACUGCAGAAGCUUUAACGUGUUGCCUACUAUUCUCAAUGAUGCCCCUGGAAAUUGUUGGUGAGAAAUUGGAAUCUAAGAAAUUAUUUGAUGCAGUGAAUGUCCUACUCACUCUUCAGAGUUCAAAUGGUGGUGUAUCGGCGUGGGAGCCAGCACCUUCAACAUUCUGGAUGGAGUGGCUCAAUCCUAUGGAGUUUUUCGAGGACGCCAUCAUUGAGCAUGAGUAUGUUGAAUGCACUUCAUCGGCUAUCCACGCACUGGUUCUGUUCAAAAAUUUGUAUUCUGAUCACAGAAAGGUGGAGAUUGAAAAUUUUAUUGAGAAUGCUGCAGAAUUUAUUCAAGACAUACAGAGGCCUGACGGUUCAUGGUAUGGAAAUUGGGGAAUAUGCUUUACAUAUGGCACAUGGUUUGCACUCAGAGGUUUAACUGCUGCAGGCAAGACAUACUACAAUUGUUCUGCAGUGCGUAAAGGAGUGAAUUUUCUACUCAAAUCACAAAGGGAAGAUGGUGGUUGGGGAGAGAGUUAUCUUUCAUGCCCAAAGAAGGAAUAUGUACCCCUUGAAGGUAAUAGGUCAAAUCUGGUACAUACUGCAUGGGCAUUGAUGGGUCUAAUUCAUGCCGGGCAGGCGCAGAUAGACCCCGCACCACUGCAUCUUGCUGCAAAGCUGCUAAUCAAUUCACAAACAGAACUUGGUGAUUUUCCUCAACAGGAAAUUUCGGGAGUUUACAUGAGGAAUUGCAUGUUGCACUAUGCAGCAUAUAGGAAAAUUUUCCCUCUGUGGGCUCUGGCAGAAUAUCGCCGGCAUGUUAUUGCCUUCAAAGAAGGAGUUGAAAAAGAAAUUUUGUAGGAGGGAUGGGAAGUCUCGAACCUAAAUUUCUGACCAAGUUGAGAGACACACCAACAACCGUGCCAAGCUUGUGGGUGCAAGUAGUUGUUUUUAGUAGAUAAUUUGGGUUGAGCAAUUUGGUAUAGUGUGACUGGCAAUUCAUUGUUAUUCCGUCAAUACUCGUAAUCUAUCUGAUACAAUACAGAAAGAAGCAGGUGUUCCUUUAAUGUAGAGUACUACAUAUUUCUUUA